ACUUUCGUUCAAGCGAUGGCCACAUUCAGAAGUGUCCACAGCGAGCCGUACACGAGUAAAAGCAGCAGCAGCAGCAGCAGCAGCAAUCGCCUGACGGCAUUGAGAAAACGCCUGACCACGUGUUUCCAGCAGUGGUGCGAACAGCUCCAGCAGCCGCCUUCCUUCCGCAAAAGUGGCCCCAAGCACUUUUACAAGAUCUUUGUGCAAGCCGACUACAAGGUAUUUGGCGAGAAGACCAAAUAUAUUCGGCAGUUUAAGAAGAUUUUCAAAGGGAACAAGGAUUUGGCUAGGAAAAGUGAACCAGAGAGGGUAGUGGCCCAGACAGAGAAAGCGCCGCCCCAACCAGUGGAUGUGACCAAGGAGAUCCAGAGGAAACAGCUACAGCUUGUGGCCAGACUCUUUUCAUCCACACUGAUAUCCACGGAGGAGAAUAUCGCCUGUAGCUACAACAGCAGCAGUAGCAGCAGCAGCAUGACCAUCAUCGAGAGCAAUUACAUUGAAGUGCGUGAGGAGUACCCGGAUAUAGACAGCGAGAUAAGAGGAAUAUUGCUGGCCAACGCCCAAAGUGGCAUAACGAUAUCGAGCAUCAAACAUGAGUAUCGGAAAUUAACGGGCAAUCCGUUUCCACUGCACGAAAAUGUCACCGACUUUCUGCUCACCAUCCCCUACGUGACCGCCGAGUGCAGCGUGUCCGGGAAGCGAAUUUUCAACAUGAAGCCACGCCCGGAGACGCGCCACCUGUACGAUAUGGUCAUCAAUCAGAAGCGAAGCAACGAUCUGAUGACCAGCGACCAUCCGGUGGCCGCACCACCACGCUUCUGGCGCUAUCAGUACAAGCGUCGGGCCCUGUCCUCACUGGACACCAACAACAAUCUCAACCAGAAUAUCAAUCACAUCGAGGAGAAGCUAACGCCUGUUGGCACCAAAGAAGCCACCAUCCAGGCCCAGGUGGGUCCACUGCAGCAGCUGGCCAGGGCUGCGGCGGAGUCAAACUGGUGCUAUCAGGACAAUUGGAAUCAUCUAAACAACUGCUAUAAGCGAGCCAACAUCUUUGUCGAUCCUCCAGAGAAGCCAACGCCGUUGCCGGCUCAAGCAAUCCAACAUCAUCACAUCUGCCAGAACCACCGAGAAAACCUAUCGAACCAACUGAACUUGCGAGUGACCGAACAUCAUCAGCAGCAGCAGCAGGAGCAGGAGCAGGAGUACAACCCCUCAAAGAAGCGACGCAAUGAAUUCUCGCCCACGCCCACACCCACCACCAUAUCGAGUGGGACGCAGCAUGACUCCAUGUUCACCAUCAACUCGGAUUACGAUGCCUACUUGCUGGACUUUCCCCUAUUGGGGGAUGAUUUCCUCUUGUAUUUGGCCCGCAUGGAGCUGAGGUGUCGGUUCAAACGGAGCGUGAGGGUCCUGCAGUCGGGUCUGUGUGUCUCCGGGCAGACCAUUAGUGGCGCCCGGUCGCGUCUGCACCAUGCGCAAGUGCCCACGGACACGAAGAUAAUUGUUAAUAUUGGAUCUGUGGACAUAUUGCGGGGCCGACCGUUUGUGCAAAUCCAGCAUGACUUUCGUCAGUUGAUCAAGGACAUGCACAAGCGGGGACUGACACCGAUCCUAACCACUUUGGCCCCGCUCGCCAACUAUUGCCACGACAAAGCGUUGUGCGACAAGGUGGCAAAAUUCAACAGAUUCAUUUCGAAAGAGGGCGCCGGUUACCUGAAGGUCAUCGAUAUACACUCGUGCCUGGUCAACGAAAAUGGUGCCGUGCGUUUCGACUGUUUCCAGUAUUCAUCCCGCAACGUAACGGGCUCCAGGGAACACUAUGUGUUCUGGAACAAAAUUGGCCGGCAACGUGUUUUGCAAAUGAUCGAAGCGAGUCUGGAGUAUUGAUCGGAUCGGAUCGUAUCUGAUGUACGGAGACCGGUCUGGCACUGGUCUCCCCUGGAGGAGGAGCAGGAUGAAGAUGUUUUAUAUCCACGCUGACGGCGCGCACAAGCUGUGUUUUUAAACGAAAUUCGCUUACUAUUUUUACUGUGUUUUAUGUUUCCAUGUUCAUGUCUAUAUUUAUGUUUAUUUUGUAUUUGUCCCCUGUAUUUGUCUGUUCGUGUUAGUCCCUAGUCUAAAAUAAUUGUUUAUAAUGUGUGCGUUUUUUGUGUUUUUUGUUUUGUUAGAUUUUAACCUUUUCCCAAGCUUUCUGUUGCCUUUGAUUGAUUUUGUAUUGAUUUUGAACUUUUCCAUCUAGUUUUGUCUACUAUCCCAAAAACUCAAGAAAAGUUCAUUAACAAAACGAUUGAAGGCGCCGGAAAACUUGUCUAAAAAUUUUCCUAAAAUUUCCAAAACAUUUCCCAUUGCAAUCUAUUUGAAUGGAUUGCAAAGGGAAAUGAUAUUCAAAUGCAAUUCAUUGCAAAUGUUAUAAACUGUUUUCUGUUACUCUGUUUCUGUAUCCUUUGUUGGCCAAAAUGUUGUAUUCUCCUGUAUGCGAACUUCCGCUGACUCUCUCCCCUCCCUCUCUAUCCAUGUGCGGGAGUGGGUGGGCCUGGGGUUAUAUACAUUUGAGUCAUGCGACAUUUUGGCCCUAGAAUGAAAAUGCAUUUGCUUCACUUGAAGCAUUCGCUUGCACAAAAUCAACGCCGCGGCUGAUUUAUUAUUAAUGUGUUCAAGCAUAUUCAAGUGAAGCAUUUGCGCAAUUUUCGUGCUUUAGUGUUUUCGUUUCCGUUUCCGUUUCCCCAACAAAAAGUUUAUAAAAAGUUUACACUCUGCUGCAGACACGCGCUCAGAAGUGCGCGCGCUAAAGCGUGUUUGUCGGACAGUGUAGCAUAGAAAACUUCUCUUUAAUUAUCUAAAAUGAAUUCUUUACUAUUACUAUUUAUAAACUAAUUCCUUCUUGUCUUGAAUGUAUGUUAAUUGUAUGUAUUGAAAGUGAUCACGUUUUUUUUUUUGUAUGUCCUCAUAUAACAAGUCGCAAUGUAAAAUCCAAAAAAAAAUUUAAAAAUAAAACCUUAAGGAAAAAU